AUGGCCUACAAAUCAUCAGUUCUAAAUAAUGAAACAAAGCAAUCUGUUGGUACAAACGAUAAUGAAAAUAAAGAAAGUACAGCACUUAUUUGGUUUCAUCCAAAUAUCAGACCACGUGAAGACACUGAACAAGCAAAAGAACAACUUCGUCUUAUUAAUAAUUAUGUUAUUUUUUCUAAUGAUCUUGAACACUGUAUUGAAUUAAUUGAAUCAAUUGAUAAAGAAAAAAUCUUUUUAAUAUCGUCAGGAGCAAAAGCAUCACAAAUUUUACCUCGAACUUCUUAUUUUCGUCAAAUUGAUUCAAUUUUUAUUUUUUCUACAAAAACAAAUCGAUAUGAAUAUUUAUUAAAUGAAUAUUCAAAAAUAAUUGGAAUUUAUUCUGAUAUUCAUAAUUUAUCUCAAUCAAUAAAAGAACAGAUUGAUCUUGUUAAUAAGCAAAUCGAAACAUUUUGUUUCUUUGAUCAACAUCAAACGUUAAUUAAAGAUUUAUCAAAAGAAUCAGCAGAAUUUCUAUGGUUUCAAUUAUUUAAUUAUGUUAUUACCCGUUUUCCACGAAAUCAACAAACAAAACAACAAAUAAUUCAAUUAUUUAAAGAAUAUUAUCAUGGAAAUACAAAAGAAAUUGAAUUAAUUAAUGAAUUUGAACAAUAUUAUCGAUCUGAAGAUGCAAUUCGAUGGUAUUCAAAACAAUCAUUUGUUUAUAAGUUAAUUAAUAAAGCAUUAAGAACUCAAGAUACUGAUUUCUUAUAUCAAUUUCGGUUUUUCAUUAGCGAUCUUUCUCAAAAUCUUCAACGUCAACAUAAAAAAUUAUUAUCAACAGAAAAUAUUUUAAAUGUUUAUCGAGGAGUUCAACUUAACAAAGACGUAUUUAAUCAAUUAAAAAAGAAUCAAGGAAAACUUAUUUCAAUAAAUGGAUAUCUUUCAACUACUCGAAGAAAAUCACGAGCACUCGCUUUUGCAAAGAAACCAACAAACAGAACUGAUGUCAUAUCUGUUCUUUUUCAUAUUCAAUGUGAUAUUAAACUAAUUGAUAAAAAUAUUAUUUUUGGUGAUAUUGCCCAAUUCACUGAAUAUCCAAAUGAACAAGAAGUUUUAUUUGAUUUAAAUGCUUGUUUUCAAAUUGAAUCUAUGCAAGAACAAGAAUCAUUACAAAUAAUUAAGAUGAAUCUUUCAAAUGAGGGACAAAAAAUUGCGAAAGACUUUAUUAAAUUAACACAAAAAGAUACAGAAGAAUUAAGUAUUUCGAUUAUUUUUGGAAGAUUAUUAUGUAAUUUAGGACAAUAUGACAAAUCACUUAAAUAUUUUCAACAAUUAUUUAAUGAUUCAAAUGAUGAAGAACGAGCUUGGAUUGAAUUUAAUAUCGGUCGAGCUUUUGACUUUAAAGGAGAAUGGAACGAAGCGCGAAAAUAUUAUGAUCGUGCAUAUGAUCGAAUGAUGAAGAAAAAACCAGCACGAACCAAAGAGUCUGCUCAUGUUCUCAUCAAUAUCGGUGCUAUACUUUCCGAUCAAAAAAAGUACAAUGAAGCUCUUGACUAUUAUCAACGAGCACUGAAAAUUCAAGAGCAGUUUUAUCCAUCUGAUCAUGUCGAUAUUGCUACAAGCCUCAACAACAUUGGUGUUGUUCUCUAUCGACAAAGAAAAUACGAUGAAGCUCUUGGUUAUUAUCAACGAGCACUAAAAAUUCAAGAGAAAUUUUAUUCGUCUGAUCAUGUCGAUAUUGCUCAUAGUUUCAACAACAUGGGUGUUAUUCUCUAUCAACAAAGAAAGUACGAUGAAGCUCUCGAUUAUUAUCAACGAGCAUUGAAAAUUCGAGAGAAAUUUUAUCCAUCUGGGCAUAUCACUACUGGUUCCAGUUUGAAUAAUAUUGGCAUUUGUUGUGAAAAACAGAAGAAGCAAAAAAUGGCACUUGACUAUUAUCAGCAUGCAUUGACUAUUUAUGAGAAGUGUGUUCCUGUUAACCAUGCAUCUCGACAGAGUAUCGAGAACAGUAUUCGCCGACUUACUGAAAAAAACUCAACUGAUUAA